AAACACAAACCUUGGAUUGAGACAUCAUACCAUGGAAUCAUAACUGAAAACAACGACACUGUGAUUUUGGACCCUCCCCUAGUUGCUUUGGAUAAAGAUGCACCUGUUCCCUUUGCAGGUGAAAUUUGUGCUUUUAAAAUCCACGGGCAAGAGAUGCCCUUUGAGGCCAUUGUGCUGAACAAGACAUCUGGAGAAGGUCGGCUUCGAGCAAAGAGCCCCAUUGACUGUGAGCUGCAGAAGGAAUACACAUUCAUCAUCCAGGCCUACGACUGCGGAUCAGGACCAGGUGGAACAAACUGGAAGAAAUCUCACAAGGCAGUAGUCCAUAUCCAGGUAAAGGAUGUCAAUGAGUUCCCCCCAGCAUUCAAGGAGAGCAUGUACAAGGCCUCGGUGACAGAGGGGAAGAUCUAUGACAGCAUCCUGCAGGUGGAAGCCACAGACGAGGACUGCUCCCCCCAGUUCAGCCAGAUCUGCAACUACGAGAUUGUCACCACGGAUGUUCCCUUUGCCAUCGACAGGAACGGUAACAUCAGGAACACCGAGAAACUGAGCUAUGAUAAACAGCACCAGUACGAGAUCAUGGUCACAGCGUUUGACUGUGGGCAGAAGCGUGCAGCAGAAGAUGUCUUGGUACGAGUUAAUGUCAAACCUGUGUGCAAACCAGGCUGGCAAGACUGGAACAAAAGGAUUGAAUACAGGCCUGGCUCUGGCAGCAUUCCCUUGUUUCCCAGCAUCCACCUGGAGACGUGUGAUGGACCAGUGUCCUCAAUCCACACCACCAUUGAGCUGCAGACCAAUUACAUCGGGAAGGGCUGUGAUCGUGAAACCUACUCUGAAAAAUCUCUGCAGAAAUUAUGUGGAGCUUCCUCAGGUGCCAUUGACCUGUUACCAUCUCCCAGUACAACAACCAACUGGACAGCUGGGCUCCUCAUGGAUAGCAAUGACAUGAUUUUUAAAUUUGAUGGAAAGCAAGGAGCCAAAAUCCCAGAUGGAAUAGUCCCAAAAAAUUUAACUGAUCAAUUCACCAUCACUCUAUGGAUGAAACAUGGACCUAGUCCUGGAUUAAGAGCUGAGAAGGAAACUAUUCUCUGCAACUCUGACAAGACAGAGAUGAACCGGCACCACUACGCGCUCUACGUGCACAACUGCCGCCUCGUGUUCCUGCUGCGCAAGGACUUCGACCAGGCCGACACCUUCCGCCCCGCCGAGUUCCACUGGAAGCUCGACCAGAUCUGUGACAAGGAGUGGCACUACUAUGUGGUCAAUGUGGAGUUCCCCGUGGUGACGCUGUACAUGGACGGGACGACGUACGAGCCGUACCUGGUGACCAACGACUGGCCCAUCCACCCCUCCCACAUCGCCAUGCAGCUCACAGUGGGGGCCUGCUGGCAAGGAGGUGAAGUCACCAAGCCCAGGUUUGCUCAGUAUUUCCAUGGCAGCCUGGCCAGCCUGACAAUACGGCCAGGGAAAAUUGAGAGUCAGAAAGUGAUUUCCUGUUUGCAGGCCUGCAAGGAAGGUCUCGAUAUUAAUUCUCUUGAGAGUCUUGGCCAAGGAAUAAAGUAUCACUUCAACCCUUCCCAGUCAGCCCUUGUCAUGGAAGGAGAUGACAUUGAGAAUAUAAAUCAAGCCCUCCAAAAGGUCUCAUACAUCAACUCCAGACAGUUUCCUACUGCAGGAGUACGACGUCUCAAAGUCUCAUCUAAAGUCCAAUGUUUUGGUGAAGAUGUCUGCAUUAGUAUCCCAGAUAUAGAUGCCUAUGUAAUGGUAUUUCAGGCCAAUGAGCCCAAGAUUACCAUAACUGGGAUGGACCACUUCGCUAGACCAGCUGCACAGUUUGAAAGUGAAAGAGGUGUUAUUUUGUUCCCUGACAUGAGGAUUGUCAGCACAGUCACUAAAAUGGAGCAUUCAGUGGACUUAAGAGAACAUGACAGAGUCAAUAAACAAGUGGUAGUAGAGGAAAUGCUCCACAACUUGGAUUUCUGUGAUGUUUUGGUCAUUGGUGCAGAACUAGACCCUGAACAAGAGUGUUUAGAACUAGAUCGUGGGGAGCUUCAAGGAAAACAUCUAGAUGCCACAAAUUCCACUGCAGGAUAUUCAAUCUAUGGUGUGGACAGCAUGUUCAGCUACGAGCAGGUGCUGCGGCAGCUCCGCUACCGCAACUGGGGCACCUCGGCCACCUCGGACAGGAAGUUCAGGGUGAAGUGCUCCGAGCUCAAUGGGCGUUACACCAGCAAUGAAUUCAACCUGGAGGUUAAUAUUCUACACAGUUCCAACUCAAACUUCAUGGACCAUGUAAAUCACAUGAUAUUCCAGCCCAAAUUUCUCCAAUCUGUUCAGCACCCUGAGGGGAGUGUAAGUGCAGUGCACAGCUCAGUGGUUCCCAGCGUGGCCAUGAUGGUUAUCAUCAUCUGUGUGAGCAUCCUGGUGCUGGUGGUGACGCUGGGCGUGCUGCGGCUCCGCUCCACGCGCCAGCACGGCUCCCUGGGGCACGAGGGACCCAAGGACAACGAGAUGGACUGGGAUGACUCUGCUCUCACCAUCACUGUCAACCCCAUGGAGAAAUAUGAAAAGCCACACCAGACAGAAGAGGAGAGUGAGGAAGAAGAUAUAGAUGAUGAAGAGGAAGACACAACCAGUGCUGAAUCAGAUGACAGUGAAGAGGAGGAAGAGGAGGAAGAGGAGGAGGAAGUGAUUGUCCAAAAGGGAGACAAACAGAAUGCCACCAGGCAAGAGCAGUUGGAGUGGGAUGAUUCAACACUCCCCUACUAACAAACAGCCCGCCAGCCACAGCUCUUUUGUAACAACCAAUACAAUGUUUUUUCAGAGUCUAUGAAUUCAUUGACAGGAUUUGAACUUCUGCUUGCCUGUAACUGUUCUGCCUAAAAUGAUCUUGUUGUAGUAAUUGAUGACAAUAGAACUGACCCUUUUCUUACAAAGCCUGGAGAAAAGGUGGUCCAAACCUCCUGGCACACGCAGUAAUAAAGUAAUCCAGAACUUGAUCUGUUAGCAAGCAUAGUUCUCAAUUUCCUGUUUCUACCCUGCAGAUGUGUGACAAAAGUCCUGUCACUCAAUCCAUACAAAUUUUUGCCUUUGCUACUUUUUUCACACAGGAGAGAUUUCAGCUUGUUAUGUAGAAUAACUUCUGUGGGUCCAAAUACCAGUUGCCAUAUAACUUCACAUUUUUACAGGUGUAAAAAAACAUAAUCCACCUUCAAAUUGGGGCAGGGCUUUAGUGCUACAGGGGCUAAAUUCCAUCUGUCAUCUCAUCCUGCCUUUUGGAUGUUAACUGUCUUCUGCAAGGGAAUAUCUGGGACUUGACAGGGGAUGCAUGUGUGCUUAUGUAGAUGUGGAUGGUGUAUUUUUUCAGGCAUGCUGUCAGACCCUCAAGAGAGGGAUUUUUAUCCAAUCUACCAAUAGAAAUUAAAAAUGAGUUUAAGAAAAAACAGCAACAAGAAAGGGCUGCUGAUGGUUAUCAAAAAAAAAACAAAACAAACCCAGUCUGUGUCCAUAGAUUGAGUAAUAUGGUCUUAUGCAAACUGUAAAUUCUAAUGGGAUUGAUUCACUUAAAAUCUGUAGAGCUGCUCAUUAGUUAUGGAUUGAGCAAUUUGCAGCAAAUCGAUGCUUUAAACUGUCUGUCUCAUGGAACCAUUAGCUUGCUGCAGCAUCUUACUGAACUAGUGGAAAAUAAGUGACCCCAUUAUUCCACAGCUAUGUAUAGCUGGGAUUUAAACAAUUAUUUUAGAUGAGGAAAAUGUUCCCUUUUGCUUAGUGAAUGCCAGCUGGAAUUCCUGUCUGACUAUAUUCUAUAAAAACAUGAUGCCCUAUUUCUUCUGCACCCCUGCCUGCCUGUAGUGCACAAGAGAAAGGAACAACACUGUGAGUCCUCUUCUGUGCUCAUAAUUCUCCCUUAUUUCUUCUGCCUGAAGCCAUUAAUGUUGACAGAAGGUUUUAUAAAGCAGACAAAGAAAAAUAAAACUUACUUGGAACCAAAAUAGUUGAAAACAAAAACUAAAAUCUUAAGAGGCUGAGAGAGUAUUUUAGUUUGUUAUGGUAACACAGCAUAUUUUUCUUAAACACCGUUUAAAAGAAAAAAAAAGAAAAAGCAGAGCUACAUAAGCUACAUAUACAAUGUGUUGAUUAGUCUGUGUGGUGUGUUUUUGGUCCCCUUUUCCUUAAGCACCUUUCAACUGCUCUGCUUACCAAAUGCUGCAGCACUUGCUGGGGUAGCUGCUCCAAUGCACAGAAACAAAAUGGCAUGGAAGUGAAUGCUGCUUAGUGGCUUGUCUGGGUUAUUUUCCUGAGUACUUUGUUUUCUUUGCAAUUUCAUCUUUGACUUUUGCUUUUUUAAUCUGCUGUUUGAAAUAAGCUGCUUCCUCUUCUUCAGUCUCCCAGUCAGUCUUGCCACAGCAGGACCUUCCUGAGCACCCUGAGUGGUGGCUGAUGUUGCAAAGGGUACUUGAAGCAAUCCUGAGGAUACCCACCUCCCUCUGGAUAAUGAUAGUGGAUUAUUAACAACUCCUGAAUGUCGUGGGAUAUAGGGAAUAUAUAGAGUGCUUGGGGAGGGUUCUUGUAAUUCCAGUUUCUGCAUUUGGCAGCUAAAAGGAAAUACUGACUGCAACUAGGCCCUUUAGUUGAAUAUCUAGAAAGUAAGUGAAAGAAAAAUCUAUAAUAUUUUUUAAAUUGGAGAUAUUUAUGCUUUUAUUUGUUUUGCCAGCAAUCACGUUGUCAUAUGGCUGUUAGACUGGCAAUACAGCAGUUUUCUUUUGUUACCAAUCCUGUUUCAUUUUAUUCUCUCACACAUAUUAAACUUAGAAAAUAUAUGCAGAAUCAAGGCCACAUAAGUACAUCUUAUCUGCAGGAAUAACAACUGUAAAAUUGUCCACAAUUUCUGUUUAAUACAAAAUUAAUAUUAAUGUUUCCGAUUAUCUUGAACAAAAUGUUAUGUUAGAUCAGUUCCUACCAUCCUAGUAUCCUAGAUAAUUUCUCAGUUUUAAUUUUUUAGUGACAUGAAGCAGGCUCUUCAUGAUGCUUGUUAUCAGCACAUAUCAGCAAAUCUUUACGCUCAGAAAAAAAUAUUCAAAAUUAAGUUGAUAUUUAAAAGAUUAAGUAGACAUUUAAAAGUCAAUUUCAGAUUUGAAACUGGACUUAAAUUAUUUUAAAGUUUCUGUUAUUCCUGAUUAUUAUUAUCAUUGUUGCUGCUGUUGUUGCUGUUAUCAUAGCAAACAUUAGGGCAACUUGAAAACAGCAAUUUACAACCUUAUUGACAGCCUUUAAUUCUUUUAUAUGUUUGUGAAUUCAUCAGUGUCUUUCUCCAUCUAACAGACUUUUAUCUUUUUGCUACUGGAAGCAGAUCUUUUCAGGUUGUAUUCAUACAUUACACAAAAAGGAAACAAAGUAUUUUCUCUACUAUAAAUAAAUCUACAUUUUUAAACCUAAGCAAAGUCAUACAGGCAUGUGUGUUAUCACUGAAACUUGAUUUGCAGUAAGAUACUCAGCAAACUCAUGUGUAUCACUGUACUUAUUUUAGAUUACUUGUUGGAGUGCAUUAUGCAGAAUUUUUCAUUCAAAUAAAUAGAAACAUCCUUUUCACAGAAUGGCAGUGAGAAUGAGAUACUUCUUCACAAAAUGGGCCCUAAAAUAUUUGUAUUGCACUGAAAGCAGUGGUUUCCUGAGCAAAACCACUACUAGAAAAUCACAGAAAUAUGAAUUUUUCUAAAACAAUUCUAACAAUAUUGUCUCCCCUCCAGAAAUUAUUUUUUAUAUUAUCUACUUGCUUAAAAACCAGCCAGAACAUAUACACACAUAUAUACAUAAAGACACACAUGUGGGGGUUUUUUGCCCUUAAUCAAAAGCCAAUUUUUUCUCCUUUUCUCCCUGAAAAAAAGUGUUUAGAAUUGUAAAAUCAUUCAGGUUGGAAAAGACCUGUUCAUUGAGCACUGUCAAGCCCAAUCCUGACAUGUCCCCAGGUCCACCAUUCACAUGUCUUGGAAUUCCCCCAGGGAUGGUGACUGUGCACUGCCCUGGACAGCCUCUUCCAAUACCUGACCAUCCUUUCAACGAGGAAAUUUUCCCCAAUAUUCAACCUAAACCUCCCCAGCACACUUCAAGGCUGUUUGCCCUUGUCCCAUCACUUGUUACUUGAGAGGAGAAACCAACCCCAGCUGGCUGCAGAUUCCUCUCAGGGAUCUGGAGAGAGUGAAAAGGCCCCUCCUGAGCCUCCCUUUUCUAUAGGCUGACCCCCCCCAGCUCCCUCAGCUGCUCCUCAUCAGCCUGGUGCUCCAGCCCUUCCCCAGCUCUGAUCUCUUCCAAGGACUCACUGCAGCCCCUCAGGGCUGUCUUGUGGUGAGGUGGCUUUUUUUACAUUAGCAAUAAAGAAGUGUAUCCAAAGAAAGCAGUUCUGAAGAGCUACCCGCAAUCCAUGGCACCAGGAAUCCAGAGGUGACAACAGAGGUCUAAAAUGACAUCACAUCAAUGAUCCCUUAAAUUUUUGGAGUUCUAAUCUAAGGCUAGGAAAAGCUGUAAAACCUACAAAUGCAAAUUGAAGAUGUUAUCUGAAUUAAUAUAACUGCCUAAGUGGUUAUUUGUGAUUAAUAGCUCCCAUUUCUCUUUCAUUUCUACCCCCUCCAUAGGUGUUUUAUCUUUGCAAGUAAACCUUAAAAUGCACAGUUGAGAUUAAUAUCAAUAUUUACUGCACUGGCUGACACAUCUAGAAAUAGACGUAGGGUUUGUGACAUCUCUAAUACUAAUUAAAAUAAACAGUUGCUAUUUUUCCAUUCCAUCAGGUAAUACCUUGCAGUGGUGGUGGGACUGCUUUUUACCUCACCAGAGGCUAAUGGGAGGGAGCAGUUUAUUUUUCUCUCUGGCAUGUGGUGGUGUGAGCUUGCUGAGCACCAUCCUCACUCCAUUCUGGAACAAAGUAAGGCUCAGAAAAGAUCAGAGGGUUCUAAAGUUCCUUCUGUGACUGAAAUCCACUGUCUCCAUUGCAGGAGCUGUCCCUGCCUGACCCUAAACUGAAAAUAAUGCCAUGGGAAAUCAGUAGCCCCAGGUGAAGGAUGUGCAGAGGGUAGCCCAGUAGCAGUAGCAGCCCUUACUUCACUGUGGCAAAGCCUUUUGAGCUUUGAUACAAUAUAAAUAAUAAAUAAUUUUUGUCUCAGCUGUCCCUUUUCCCAGCUGUAAUCUCAGAGGCAGCUUUACCUGCCUCCCUGGUAGGGGUCCUAAUGCACUGGGACCAACACUGCCUCUUCCCAAAGUUUUGGUGCCAGCACACACAGCUCUCCACAGAACAGCAACAGGAAAGACUUGACUGGGGUGACAGCAGGUAAAGGUCUGGUGGGAUGGAGCUGUUCCUGGUAUCCUGGAACAGAAAUUAUAAUACCAAAAUUAAGGAUGUUUGCAAAAACAUAUGGAUACUGAGAGAGGGAGAGAAAACAAAACUGAGUACAUCUUCUCUAAGGGGCUUCCCCUUCCCUUAAUUCACACAUGCUGACCAGAGUAAGUAUCUCAAAACUAGGAUAUGCCCAGUCUCAGGAGGGAUAUCAGGUUUUAUCAGGUUCUGCCUUAAGAAUUGCUUUCUGCCUUUAAGCAACUGCUUAAAGUAGUUCUACACCAAGUGAGUAAAUCUAAGGAGAUAGGAGAAAAAAACCCCAAAUGACAAAACAUAAAUAUCAAAAAGAUUGCUGAAGAAAUCAAACCACCUUCUAAGUCACUACACUGAUUCCUGUUGGUUGUACAUAAUCCUGUGCUGUGUAGUCUCCCUCAUGCUCUAGCAUCACCAAUGGCAUGAGCUUUUCCCUCUCACUGCCCCCAGAGCCUGUGCCUGAUCUCACAGCAUUCCAGUGCCACAGCAAACAGCCAUGGCAACAGCAGCCAGCCCAUCCCUUUAAGUCCUUGAUGUUCCCAAAGAAACCCACAUUCCCAUGCACCAAACCAUUACGCUUUGUAAUAUUUUCUACAGCAACCAGAAGCUGUGGUCCUGUAUGGUACAUUGGAGUCAAAUGGGUUUUUUUUAAUAAAGAAAGGCAUAACAAGCAAUGUGGGAGAAGUGAUGUAAAGUGAAAUGGACCAGGUUCUCUAAAGCUGCAUGUCUCAGAUUGUGUAUCCAAUGAUCAGACUUCUGGUUGCUGGACUCUCUUGGAAUCCAACUUCAUUUUUGUCAGCAUGGAGAAUAAAGAUACAAAGAAUAGAGACAACCACUAAAGCUACAGCAGAACAAAAUUCAUACUCUCUUAACACACUGAAUCUCAAGAAAUAUAUCUGCUAAAUAUUUUAGGAGAAUUGCUCCAGUGAUAUCUCAUAAAGUAAUUAUAAUUCAUCACCUUUAUAGGAUUAGCAAGGUUCAAGCCUGGUAUGUUCUUUUUGGUUUUGGUUUUCUCUGAAAAAGACAUGGUCAUAAAUUAAAAAUACACAAACGUGAACAGUGCAAAAACUGAAAGAGGAGAAAGGGCUUUAAUUUCAUAAGCCUCUGUCUAAGAUAGGGGUUUGAAGUAAUAAACAACUGUAGCCCUCAUUAUUGAAACUUAGCAGAAUAAAAUGAACCCAGGAAGUUUUGUAUGUUCAUAACCUCAUUUCUGGUGAUGAAAAGGCAGGCACCAGAGCAGGCACCCUUUUUCCCUAGAGCCAUUUUGCUGCCUUUGGAGCAGGUAUUGCCAGUGGUUUGCUCGUUAUGGUCUCCAUGUCUCUGCUGGCAACAGGAACAGUGCUGUCCUUUGGAACAGCUCUGUCAAAGAGCCUGCUGCUGAACCAUAAUUCAAUAAUUCUCCUGCAGCUCUGCUCUCAGCCCUCCAUGGUGGAGCACUCCGAACACAUGCAGAGGGAAAGACACAAUGGUUACAGCAGAGAGCUCUGGGCUGGUGCUUCAUGAGUUACUGCCUAUAACGAAACACACUCAGCAGCGUGAGGCACUGCAAAUGUGUGAAACAGAGUUCAGGAGAAGCCCUCAUUCUUAUUUUCAGUACUAGCUCAUGGGGAAAUUGGGCAUUCAUCAGCUGUUGAAGCUCCAUGCCCAUGUAUUGUCAUUAUUUAUGUCUGUGCUGAGAACAAGGAAGCAGCAGAAAUUUUUUUCCCAGUUAAGUACAUUGUACAAUAAAAGAUUCAGCUUUCCCUGGGCAAGGUACACAAAGCUUGCCAAAUGCAAAGAGAAGCUGUCUUCAAAUAGGGAACAAAGAUUUUACAAUGGUAUUCCAUCCUUGUACUUCACACACCCAGAAAAUUUCAUGGGAGUAAAAUGCUUUUCUGCAGCCCUACCUAUGCCUUUUGUAUAAAUCUGGAUACAGUUUUGGGUUUUCAGAGGCAUUUAACUUCCCAUCUGGGUAUAAACUUCCCAGCUUUCAGGUGUCCUUUGGUGUACUAACCCAUAAAACUAUUUUUGGCUGAAUGUUUCAGGAUAUACUAAGAGGAUAUACCCUUUUUUUUUUCUCCUCCUGCCUCCUCUAAAUAUAUAAGCAGGUACAAAAGAAUUGAUCAGACAACCCUGACCAAGUCUGUGACUACAAUGACAUUUCCAACCAGUACUGAAAUUGGCAAUAAAUCUUUGUCUACAAACUGCUUAAUGUGCAGUAGAGGAGAAGGUGGAUGGUUGUUUUAACUGGGCAUGCUCUUUAGAAUGUGGAAUGGAUCAACUACAGUCAGUUCCAUUAGAAAAUCAAAUUACUAUUUAAGGAAGAGUGAACAGGAAAGUAGAAGAGAAUACUGCAUGAAUAACAGAAAGAGUUGAGGUUUACAGUGAUGUGAAAAAAGUUGAAAUUUGAUCUUGUAGAAAAGAAAGAGACAUAAAAGCAUCAAUGUCAAAUAGUAAGAAAAUGGAAACAUUCAGUAUUUCCGUGCCAGAACCAACACUGUCACGAUGAACAAGGAAGAGAAUGAAUGUAGGAUGUCAAAGGGUUCCAGGAUGACCAGACAUAGAUGCAAAACACACAUAUGUGUGUUGUGUGCAUAAACCUGUGUGUGUACAAGAAAAUCACAGAAGGGUGCCCAUGGGGAGGUGGUGGCUGUGGUGAUGAAGGAGAACUUGCAGGUUUUUAGCCUGGUUGAUGCUGAAGUUGCCUUCUUGAGUUCCAGCCCCAGCACCUCCAGCAGAGCUGGGAAGGGAGCAGGGCCAUGAGAGGUGUUGCUACACUGUGUGUGCAUGAAGUAGAAAAAUGUAGAGCCAAGACCAGCCUAGGGGGCUUGGGGCAAACAUUCUGUCUGCUAUAACUCGAGUCUGAGGGAACAGUUACCACAUAGUUUAUUUGAGGUAAGAAAUGGAACUUUUGCCCACAGACAGUUGUUGGUUAGUUUUACAGAUUUUCUACAACAAACAUACUCCAUGGGUUGAUGAGGAGCUGCAGAUACCCAAGGCAGACUAUAUUCUAUGUUGAAAAGGCCCUCAAGUAAACUUUUUGCAGUGAUACAAUCUCCUAAGUGGCCACACAGUUAGGAAACCUGAUUUUUGAAAACAUACAUAAUAGAAAACUUUUUAAGGAUAACAACCAUCCCUGUGCCAAUCUGAGAGCUGAGUUAUUGCCUUUCUCCUCAGAAAAAACUACUGGCACAUUUAUUUUUGACCUCUCCACAAAUUGAUGUAAAAGUGUGGGGUACAUCUGAAAAGAGAUGGGGUUUUUGUAUGUAUUCUAUUCCAAAUACUGCACCACCAGUUGAGUAAAUUUCUGAUUGUGGUUAGGAGGCAAUUCUGUUCAAAGGGUCAUCAUGACAGGGAUGGGAAGAUAACGCCAGAGUGGAUUAUUGCUUUGCAGGGUAAUACAUGCUAUGGGUGUGCUUCCUGAGAACUGUUUCAUCUCAACUUCAGUGUGUUUUGAAGUUUAUAGUAGACUUAUCAAAUCCUAGAAAUAAAGAUUAGUAGACAAAAAGAAAAAGUAGUGCAAGUAGAGUAUUAUGCUAACAGUGCAGAAUUAUUUCCUAGAAUAUAUUUUUUAGUGUUAGGGGUGGGGGUGAUUCAACCUACUUAAAUGUUUCUAAGCCUGGGGCUUCUACUGCUUCCCUUGGGAGAUUGUUCUAGAGUCUAUUAGAAUUCACCAUUAGAAAGCUUUUCCUGAAAAUGAAUUUAAAUAAUCCUUUUUGUAAUUUUUAUCUCAUUAGUGCUAGUUAUACCCUUUUGCACCACUCUAAAUAGUUCCCCUAACCAUGAUUUAUAUCCUUUGAAUAUUUUUAGAUAGUUAUCAAGUUCAUUGCCUUUGGUAAUUUACUAGAGAAGCUGUGAAUCCCUCCUCAUCCCAAUUCAUUCCUUCAGUUAUGUAUUUCUUACCUUUUCAUGAAAUGUCCUUAAUGCACAAACUAAAUUCGUUAGUAUUUCCUUAAAUGAGUCACAGUCAGUUCACUCUGUUAAGAUGCUCUGUGUUGCUGGUGUCACUGCAUAAGUUGUUAAAGUUUAAACAAUAAAUUUAAAUUGAAACUUGAUUUUUUAAAUUUUUUUUUCUGUAAUCCAUGGACAAGUUCUCAUAUGAUAUGAAUUUGGCAAUGUCUUUUACAUGGGUAUGAUUUAACAAAGGCAACCAAUAAACACUGCAGCCAAUCAAACAAUAAUACAAAGUAUAAUUUGUUAAAACCUAAGUUGCUGUCAUCAAUGGGAAAACAGACAUUGUCAUUCAUGGGUCCAUGUUUUUACACUAAAUAUUAACCAGUACUUUCACUUAAGAUGGAUAAUACUGCUUCUCCUCAAAUGUCAAGAGAAUGCAUCUACUUUCUAAGACAAAUGCUCAAGAUUUCUAGAUAGGCACUAACUGCUGCAAAGAAAUAGAAUUGUGCCAACUCUUCUGAUUACUGCCAUGCCUACCCUUAUAUUGCAAAUUUGUGAUCCAUUUCUGGUCCCUGGCUGGCAUGAUGACCAUGGGGUUUGUUUUCAAGCAUGUCCCAAGCAAACCUGAGUUCGCUGGCUCAGAAGCCACACUGGCAAAUAGGGAGGAUGUACAAAGGCAGCUUGGCUCUUUUCAUUGAUGUGUUUCCUUCAUCUCCUCCUGCCUCCUGUACCUGAACUCCAAACCAGAACUGAAAUCCUUGUGUUUGAAGAGCCACUGCAUCACCUAAGACUCAAGGGAAAUAGAAUUUGAUUUCUUCUUCAUUUGGGCUGUCUGCAAGGAUCGGUGUAAAGCGGAGAGCAGGAACACUGAGGGUUCAGGAUUGACUUUAGGGAGCUCUCUGCUUCCCUCAGCACAUCUCUGUCCCUAGUGGGUGUAAAUUGUGCAAACCAUAUUGUAGGAAAUGAAUUGCCAGGAGUGGGUUUAGGUCACAUGAGCAAACAAUGACUUCCUUGGCUGUUUGCUGUCACUGCUCUGCCCACCUUCCCCAAAGGAGCCACGGCAUGAGGAGUAGACAAAAUCUGAUGGACAGGGGGGAAGUUGAAUGAGCCUUGGAAGGUCAGGUUGCAACACAAAGGAGAGGAAUUCCUGAGCAAUGAGUUGCUUGUGAUAAGCAACAGGGCAGGAAUCAGACAUGCAUCCUGAAUAUUGCUGCAGUUUGGUGAAAGAGGUUGCUCUAGUUAGCUUUAACUAUGUAGUUAUUAAACAUUUAAAUGUUACUGAGACUGUAGGAUUUUGAAGAGCUGAGAAAUUAUCCUGUUGAAUGUAACAGCUGUGCUCGAAUUGGCUGGGACAAUUCUAUUUCAUAUUUCACCAUCUCUUGACAGUAAAAAUGGUAUUUCAUCUGCCUGCAAAAAUUUACAAUUUUUCCCACACAGUUCAUCAUUUCCCAAAUUGUUUCCAUGUUGGUGCAUUGGUUCUUGUCGAGGAGCAGUAACUGCAGUUGGUAGCAUGUAUUUUGUAGCUUGGGAUUGCUUCCUAGCUGUCCAAAUUCUGUGUAGUUGUGGCCACUUCUAUGGAUAAUAAAAAAUUAUACCAGAGAAGGGAUUAAAUAAAUAUAUGCUGUAUGGUUGUACAUACAAUGGCUGUACUCCAUAAAUGUGUCUCAAACCAACAGACUGUUCAGCCCAGGAAAAAUGCCCUUACAUGAAAUAUCUUGCUGUUGAUGUGAAACAACCAUAAACCAUAUCUUGAAAUGUCUUGUUGCAGAUGUUAAAUGCAUUUCUGAAAGCAUGAAUCUACACAAUUUAUGCAGUACAAUGAAUUAAAUUACUAUAUGCAAUUGAAAAUAUUAUAUGAAAUGAUUUUUUUAAAUAUAGAUGAAUCAGCUGUUUAAAAAAAAAAGAAAACCCAACCCUUUCUUAAUGAAAAUGUACAGUAAAUUUUGACAGACAGUAUAGUACACAAACCCUAACUUUACAUAGAGUAAGAAGUUGUACAAAAGCUCCUCCAUGGCAUAGUGGUGUAUUUCAUAAAAGCCAUGUCAAUUUGCACAGUCAUUUAUGAAUUCAACAUUGUUACUGCCCAUAUGUUUUCCACAGGACUGAUUAAAUGCAUAUUCCAAAUAGAUCUGUUAUUUUAACAUUUGUUCUGUACAUCUGUACAUGUAUAAAGCCAGAGUCAUUUUUGUGGUCACUACAGCACUUUCUGUGAAUUGGCCAAUAAAUAUAAUUUUAGAAUUUCACAUAAAA